AUGGCCGGCCAGCCUCCAGUGUCCCCGUCGGGCAAUGGGAUCACGCUGGAGGGGGCUGUGCCCUCGGAGCAGGACAGCCAGCCCAAGCCAGCCAAGAGAGCCCGCACCUCCUUCACCGCCGAGCAGCUGCAGGUCAUGCAGGCACAGUUUGCUCAGGACAACAACCCCGACGCACAGACGCUGCAGAAGCUGGCGGACAUGACGGGGCUGAGUCGGAGGGUCAUUCAGGUUUGGUUUCAAAACUGCAGAGCCCGCCAUAAAAAACACACCCCGCAGCACACGGUGCGCCCCGGAGCGCCCCCGUCCGCGCAUCCCUCUUCCUCGCUCUCCGACGACAUCCACUACUCGCACUUCAGCAGCCCCGAGCGGGCCCGAUGGUGACGCUGCACGGGAUACACAGAAAAGUAAUGAGGUCAGGUACAGUGUGGACAAGUGCACUGUAGACUUCCCUACACUGCUCCACCAGUGCACCUCAAAGCAGACAUGGAAGGACCACUAUCUAAUAGGGGUGAGAAGGUCAUCCUCUUUCAGUACUGACUGCCCGGGCUCUUCCUCACCUGCCCAUGGCCCUACCAGCACCACUGCCCCUCAGCCGCUGACACGGUGUCCAGCCCACGGCAACCGGCAUCAGUCCCAGAGGAGGAGCUCAGAUCCAGCACUCCCAGUUCUUCCCAUUGACCAGCACCUCACGCCCACUCCGAUUUCUCCAGCGACACUCUGUGUAUGUGUGUGUUGAGUGCAGAGUUACAUUUGACACUUGUUUCUUGUGGACUUGUAGAAUGACCGUGAGUCUCUCCAAGGCAGUGCCAGACACAGUCAAAACUAGUGACUCUACUGUGCUUGCAAAUCUUGCUCCCAAACCCAUGGGAAUACGAACAACCCAGAACACGCUGAGUCUCAGGGGGGUCGGUGAUCACCUCUGAGCAUAAAGGAAGGAGGAAUUUACGUGGUUUGGCCUGAUUCUCUUUUUGCACCAGUGAAGCGGUUCCCGGACAUCCCUCCUUAUUUCCACUUGCAUGUGUGAAAUCUGAAAUGGGCUUUUUGGCUCAGCAACUCGAUACAUAGACAGACCUUCCUGAGCCAAACUCGCAGGUAGCCGAGACUCCACUAAGUGGAAAACAUGAUGCCAGCUGGAAAUAGGCAGUUUUUCUUCCUCCUCAAAGUGCUUUAGAAUCAUAUGUCCUUUGAUCACUCAAAGGUAAGUAAAUCUUAGUGUUUUUCCCCCCCGUUUUAUAGGAGGGGAAACAGAGAUGUCCUAAAUGGAGAGGAACUGUGGGGGUUGGUGGCAGAGCCAGGUUUAGCACCCUGAAGUUUUUGAUUGCUGACUUGUUCUUAGAACACUGAAUAUCUCUCUCCUCUCACAGCCAUCUGCCAAAUCUUCAUUUUUUUAAAUUUUUUUUUAAAGUUUUUUACUCUUGUUCUUUAUUAACAAACUACUUUAUUUCCUUGGAGUCAUAUCGGAUCACAAAUGGGUGAUUUCAGAGUGUACCUACACAAAACUCUCAGACUCUCCAUACUCUGGGACUGGGAAAUGUUCAAUGGAAGGUGACCACAAAGGUGUAGAAAUGUUCUGCCCUGCUGUGGACCCAAGUUCAAUCAGUGGAAACAGCCAGGUAGAAACUGGAGACCAGUUAAAAAGGUGAAGACCACAGUAAGGCCAGCAGGAAGGUCACUAGCCGAGUGGACAGCGAGGUGGUGGCGUGUUCCUCUGUCCAGCAGUGUCACUCUGAUUCCCUCUGCCCUCCCGUUCUCCCUUGCUGGAGUGCAGCUCUUGGUCCUGCCAGGCCCUGGGAUGAAGGUGCAGCCCGGGAGAACUGCUGCCGGCGGGCUCACGGCAACGGCAAAGGAAGUGCUCAGCAGUCUGGCCCCGAAUCAGGAAAAAGGCUCCAAAAUGAUCCUUCAUUGACGGUAAUAACAAAAAGUAAACAAGUGACCUCUGCCAGCCCUUCUCAGUUUGCACCGAGCCAAGAGCAGGUCUGUAACAAAACCUGUCUCCACGCAAGCACACGGGCCUGUCCUGCUGCUAAGUGUCCGUGAGGCCGCGCGUCCGAGAAUGUGAAAGCCCACCACGAGCCACAGCCGGCGAGGGGAAUGACCCAUCCGUGCCCCGGGAGCAGGAGAUGGGAACCCAUCCCUUACAUAACUUGUUUUUAAGUUGAACUGUGCAUACACGUGUUUUCCUCUCUGGGAGAUCCUGGAUCCAUCUCCAGCAUCGGCCGGAGGGCAGCCGUCCAUCCCCCUGCUCUGGCCAGCCCCUGUUGCACACAUGGCAAGGCUUCUCCUGACCAUGUCCCUGAACUCUGUGUGACACCAGCGGCCAGGCACGCGGCUCCGGCUGACUGGGAAUGGCCUGUGGAGAUGUGGAUGUCUGCUGAGGUGGCCACCAAGGUCUCUGGGUUUGAGAAGUAGCUGAGUACGAGCACACGUUGAUAUUGGUUGGAGCAAAUGCAUAUGUACACACACACUCUGCUCUGUGUGUCUGUGUUGAGAGAGAGUGAUGGUACUACCUCGGACAGUUAGGCCAGUAUCUGUCUAAUUGCAGCCAGCAGCUCUGUCCCCAAGUUUUGAAAGCAGAGAGGGAAUUAAGUCUAGAAAAUAUUAUUGUCACCUCCUGACGUGCGAGCGACCAUUCCCAGCGUGUGACAUCCCCAGUGACAAGGCACUGCCACACGCCUGCCCUGACUGGAAGCAGCACUGCAGAGGUGUCCCCUCGGGGAGGGGACGGUCACCAGUCACAGCAAUUUUUGUCCUUGCCCGUAGCAAUGAGUGAAGGACUGGUGUUCCCUUCGUUGGCUCUUGGUGAGUGUUUGUGAUCACAGGUUAAGGUGGUUGCUGGGUUCAUGUGCAACAGCCUUGAGAUGCUGGUGGGGGUCGGGGGGGUCACCGGGGCCGACUUUGUUCUCCAUUUGUGCUCACGCAUCCUAAUGACCAUUUAGUUGUGGAAUUAGUGCCGUUAUUUCAUUUAAGACUGAAGGAGAGACUUCAGGCUGUAACUUGCCCUGACAUCCCACAGUCCUUGAGAUUUCCACAACUGUUUUGUGGAGGGAGAAAAGGGUUCGAUGUGUUUCUCUUCUGUCUCGGUGGUGCAAUGAAAGGAAAACUAUGAAAUAUGUAUCUGCUAAAUACCAACUCGAUCUAAAGAAACCCCACUUGUGAAAUGUACUGUAUAACCCAGGGUUUGUCACCGAUCCCACGGCAGGGCCGGAGCACGAGGCAGGGGCUGAGGGGGUGUAGGUGUUUCUCUCCAGGGACGUGGGCUCACUACAGACUGUGCUCGGGGCACUUCCCCCCAUAAGUAGCCAGGAGCAGCUUUGCUAAUUCAGAAAUCAGGCUCUGUUUAUAUUAAGCCCAAAUUGUUUGCAAAAACUGGAAGCAAUUCAGCUUGUGCAGUUUUAGAGCUAAUUAUGUGUAUGGAAAAUACUCAACUGUACCAAGAAUGUAAGAAAUCUUCUAAUUUAUUCAAUACAUUGUUUCACAACAUAUUUCACACUGACUGUUGCCACUGAACCAAACCUUAUCUCAGGUCAUUUGCAUUCAUCUCCUGUCUGUGGAUUAAAAAAAAAAAAAAAAAUUAAAGUCAUUCUCAUUUUCUUAGUUUAUUCAGUAAUUGCCAGAUGGGUUCUGGUGCAGCAAUGCAGACUCCACGCACUAAACUUUUCCAGUUGCUCUUUACAAAGCCUUUUGCAGACAGAACCCACUGAGGACAGCCAGUGAAAGGCUCUUCACUCCAGUUUAAUAAGGUAACUAAUACGGCUCGGCUCUGAAGGUGGAAUGGUUUAAGGUUUUAUCACCAGUGAUUUUUUUUUUUGGCUCAUGCUGGUUAACCCCAAUGCCUGAGCUAAAGGUGCUUACACAACUCACUCGUUGGGAUGGGAGUGGGAACCAAUCCUGCACUACUAUCAGUGAUUUAUCUGUAGGAUGCCAACUAAACACCAGUUUUAUUUCAUCUGCCAAUCAUUUUGUUGUAGCAUGUUGCAAUUCUGCAUGUCUUGGCUACAAUGGUUAAAAAAUUUUUUCUCUGAAUGAGUGGACAGUCAAGACUAAUAUUUAUUUUAAAAAAGUAAAACUAAAUUGUAAGCACUUUUUUGUAAAACCAAUGUCUGUUUUGUUACAUACUUUUAAUGUUGUGCUUUGUAAAUGUCUUAUUUGUGUAAUAAAUAAAGUUAAUGCAAGUAGAA